GCGUUGUUGUCUGCAAAAGCGGUCGAAAUUAUUAGUCUCUUUUUAAAAAGGCAAGUGAAAGGCAACCCCACCCGCCAUGAUACUUGUCUCAUCAUCCCUACACAUCCAGCUUUCAAGCUUUUGAGUACUUUCACUUCACAGAAAACACCUACAUACCUUAUUCUCUUACAUUCAUCACUACUAUUAGUACUGCCAGCUUAUCCUAUCCCUUACUCAAGUCGAUAGCUCGUUUGUUAUUACUGAUAUGGAGAAGGAGAUGAUGGAACUUGCUAGUAGUGAUUCAGAUCAAGUGAUGACUAAAAUGGAGGAUCAUCACUACAAUAAACUUUCUUCUUCUGCUUCUCCUCCUGAUGAUCUUCCAUCAACUGUUCAAAGAUCCAAGGGUGGUCUCGUAACCAUGCCAUUCAUUAUAGCAAAUGAGGCACUGGAGAAGGUGGCAAGUUAUGGGCUAUUACCAAACAUGACAUUCUAUUUGAUGAAAGACUACAGAAUGGGAGUCACCCCUGCCCAAAAUUUACUCUUUUAUUGGUCAUCUGCUACCAAUUUCUUGCCCAUAGUUGGAGCUUUUGUAGCUGAUUCAUAUCUUGGUCGGUUUCUUGCCAUUGGAAUUGGUUCCAUCUUCAGUUUCCUGGGUACAAUUCUCUUGUGGAUAACAGCAAUGAUUCCGAAAGCAAGGCCUCCCCCUUGCGAUUUACCAACUCAGGCGUGUAAAUCUGCAACACCGGCACAAUAUACACUUUUGGUUUCCUCGUUUAUGCUAAUGUCGAUUGGUGCUGGUGGUGUUAGACCAUGUUCUUUAGCAUUUGGCGCAAAUCAGUUUGACAAGCGCGAUAAUCCUAAUAACAAACGGAUACUGGAGACUUUUUUUAACUGGUACUAUGUUUCAGCCAUGAUCGGCGUUCUGAUUGCUAUGACUGGUAUUGUAUAUCUUCAAGAUCAAAUGGGAUGGAAAGUUGGAUUUGGAGUUCCUGCAAUAAUUAUGUUCUUCUCUGGUCUGCUGUUUUUUAUUGCUUCUCCACUUUAUAUCAAGGAAAAGGCUAGCAAAAACUUGUUUAGCAGGUUCGUUCAAGUAAUUGUGGUAGCUUAUAAGAAUAGGAAACUUGCAUACCCGGAUCAGAAUUCUGGUUACCAUCACAACAAAGGUUCAGACUUUUUCGUGCUAUCGAGCAAAUUGAGGUUCUUAAACAAAGCUUGCAUCAUAAAAUCCCCUGAAGAUGUUAAGCAAGAUGGUGUUGCAGUCGAUCCGUGGAAUCUUUGCACAGUGGAGCAAGUUGAGGAGCUAAAAUCUCUUAUUAGGGUACUGCCAUUGUGGUCAACGGGGAUCAUGAUAUCGAUAAACUUGAGUCAAAGUUCGUUCCCUUUACUUCAAGCUAAAUCCAUGAAUAGACACAUUACUAAAAACGUUGAAAUUCCAGCGGGUUCUUUUGGAAUGUUUACCAUCAUAGCUUUAACACUUUGGCUUGUUCUCUAUGAUCGCGCGAUCCUUCCAGUGGCAUCAAGAAUCAGAGGGAAACCAGUUCGUCUUGGAACUAAAGAAAGAAUGGGAAUUGGGAUAUUCUUCUCUUGCAUGUCCAUGUUAGUCUCCGGGAUCAUAGAACAUAUUAGACGAAGAAAAGCAAUCGCGCAAGGACUUUUGAAUAAUCCCGAGGGAAUGGUGGCAAUGUCAGCAAUGUGGCUUGUACCACAACAUUGUUUAAACGGAAUAGCAGAGGCGUUUAAUGCAAUUGGCCAGACAGAGUUCUACUACUCUGAGCUUCCAAGAAGUAUGUCAAGUAUUGCAACCGCAAUGUUUGGACUAGGAAUGGCUGUGGCAAAUCUAUUGGCAAGUGUGAUACUGAGCAAUGUGGACAAUCUUACAAAAGGAGAAGGGAAAGAAAGUUGGGUUUCAAGCAACAUCAACAAGGGUCAUUAUGAAAACUACUAUUGGCUUCUUGCAAUUAUGACAGCUUUUAAUUUGCUUUAUUUUAUGGUUUGUAGUUGGGCAUAUGGACCUUGUGCUGAGAAUAUGAGUAAGAAAAUGGUAGAGGGAGAUGGUGAUAUGCAACUGGAGAAUAUAUCUUAGACCACUGCCUGCUUAACUUGAAAUCAUGUUUGUGCAAGUGGUUUAGUGUAUACAUAGUAUUUAUAAGUAAUUAUGUUAUAAUUUGUUUUA